AUGGUAGAGAUCAAGGUUUGCUCAGCAGAUGGCAGCAAUUCACAGAUUUAUACAGUGUCAGUGACUCGGGAGCAGAUUCCCAUGGCUGUGACUUUCAGUGAUGCAAAAGAUUGUGUGGACUAUGAGUGCCCUGUGUCUCUAACUGCCCUCUACAGACCUGUUUCCAUUUACCAGAGUGAACCUAAGCACAUCUUCUCCGGGCCAUACAUUGACAUGCUGGCACGUAGGUCGAAAGUUGACCCGUUAAAUGAGUGUCCUCUGGGAGAUAGCUGGAAGGUUCUAGAGCCAGACCUGGAUGGGAAAAUGUCCGCAGCUCUUGUCAAAUGUUUCUUUGCAUACAGAGGAUGUGAAAGUUUGGUGAAACUGGCCGAGGUGGGUUCACACGCGCUGCGGUGUCCCCACAAACCGUCAGCGGACCUGGAUGCAAAGGAUGUCACAGAGACAAGCUGGUAUAAGAAGUAUUUUGCAUCUUCUAGCAACUUAGAGAUAGAGACCAAGCACACUCUUGAGGUCCGUAACUGGGAGAAGAAACUACAAAAGGCAAUUGGAGAAGACAGCGUAGAUAAUCUAUGUACCUUAGCCCAAGACCAUCUGAAACUGUACAGGCAGCGCCUACCUAAACCAGGUGACAUGCUACAGUAUGAGGAGGGCCAGUCUCCUUUAGACAGCCUGGAGCAGGUUGCCAUCCACUACGCCUCAGCCAUCAAACUGAAACCCAAGGAUCCCAGAUUCCACUUCCUGCUGGGGCAGGCUCUGGAGGAACAGCACCAUGCCACAGAGAUGUAUGGCUUGAAGAAAAAAGCAGAUGGGGAUUCAGAGGAGCUGAGAGGGGCCAAGGCAACGAGCCUUCAGGACGACAUCCUGGCUCUCUGUAAGCUCCAUGGUUUCACCGGCACGCCGACCCUGGAGAAGCAGCUGAAGGCCGUGGACACUGAGUACCACCAGCUGAAGGAACAGGACCAGUCAGGCAAGGCCGACUACGUCCAAACCCUCUACAUCUGGCUCUCCAAGAGGGCUGGCAAGGAUGGCAGUGCAGGCCUCAGGGACAAGGAGAGCUGCAUGCACAGGGCCUCUCUGAAGUACCUGGACGCCUGGUCUCUGAGCCCCGACGACUGGGAGUUUAACCUGCACACGGGGCGUCUGCUGCUGCUGCAGGGGCUGGAGCGGGAGGCCCUGCAGCACCUGCAGACCGGCCUGGCCCUACGACCCUCCCAGCCUGCUCUCAGGUUCUAUACAGGCUCGGCUCUUCUGCGACAGGGGAGCGGAACCUCGGAGGAGGCUGCGAGUGAGGCGGCUGGGUUCCUGCAGCAGGGACUGGAGCACGUCAUCGCUCAGUACUGCAGCGACAGGGGCGUGGAGCAGGCCGUUUGGGAGCCUCUGUCGAGCGCCAGCACUCACUUCCUGCGUGGCUGCCUCGUGCAAGGGGCCGCCCUCCAAAAGAAGAACACUCUCCCAGGCAAGACCAUGAGUGGACAGCAAGUCUAUCACAUUAUUGCAGUGCUCGCAGCCCAGGCUGUGUGUCAGUGUGUGUGUCGGGGAGAGGUGGCCCAACAGUUGGAGUGGGUGUUGCUCGAUGCCCACUUUGCCCUUCUCCAGGGUCUCAUGCUGGCCAAGCCUGGCACGGAGAGACAGGCCUCGGUGGCCAAGAGGUGCCAGGCCCUCGCCGCCCUCAUCCGCCUCACCGCCAUCGCCCCCUGUAGGGAACUGCUGGAUAUGCAGGAGAAGGUGUGCCAGGUUGCAGUGGUGACCACUCCUUGUGACGGCCAUGCCUUGUACCUCCUGGGUCUGGCCCAGUUGGCUCACUUUGACAACGACCCUGAGUCAGAAAGGUCAAAGGCCAACUUGGCCGACGCCUGCCUCAGCUUCCAGGCCAGCCUCGAGCUGGAGGACAAGCCUCAGGGCGGGGACCCCCCCGUCCAGCUGACCAAGCAGAAGUGGUGGCAGGAAAAGCUGGCCUCUGAGAAGGAGAAAGACGCCAAGCAGACAGCCAGCCAAUCCACGGGGACCGCGGGGCCUUCCGACGGAGGGGCCGCUGGGAGAGGGAGUGGGCGUGGCAGGGGAGGCCCCGGUCGAGGGGGGGCUACAGUGGUCGCCAAGGCCACUGCGCCUGCUAAAGGAGGGGCCAGGGCCGCCCCCUGCGCCAAGCCCCCUGUGGCCAGGGGGCGAGCUGGAGCAGCGGCGGGACCAAGGACGGAUGGAUCAUCCAGAGCCCCGGCAAAGCCCAGCUCCAAGACUCAGCUCUCCCCCAGCAAGUCCAAAACAGACUGCUCCCCCAGCUCUACCAAAGCAGGAGCUCCACAGGAGUCGGCAGCAGCUGAAUGCCCUGGUGGCCCCACCCCUGUGAACCGCCGGUCCCACGCCCCCCGCUUAGGCCUGGCCCGCGCCCUCUCUCGCAACGCAGACACACAGGACCAGGCUUGCCAGUUCUACCAGGAAGUCAUUUCCAUGGCACCAGAGGUCCAUGAUGCUUACAUUGAGCUGGCGGAAAUGCUGGUGAAGUCAGACCCCCUGGCUGCCGUGGAGGUGUACUGCAGGUUCCCCCUGAGGCCUGUGGCCGAGCAGACGUUUGACGACGCCUUCAUCACGGGCGAGAUCAUCCGCAACCUCAUGAAGCUGGAGUUGUAUGACCACCCCCAGUUAGGGCCCAACCUCGUAGCCUACGGGAAGGUCAUGGGCCUGGGUUGCAUAGAGAAAUACAUCGAUAUCCUGGAUGGGAAAUUCAAGACUCAUCUUCUGAAAAGCGUUUAUGCUGGAAUCCAUAAUAAGUCAGUGGAUGACAAGGACCUGCAGGACUUCUUCAAGUUUAAGUGCUGGCUAUGAAAACCCCAGCUUUGAUAAUGGGAUUCUGCUCACUUCUAUGAGGAUGCCUUUAUUCUGUGAUGCGGUGACUUAGGCAGGAUAGUCACAUCUUGCUUGAACAAAAUAAAUGUAAUUUCACACAAAGAGAAAA